AUGUCCCCGGUGCUAUUUAUGAUCUACGCUGGAGUAAUCCUGGACCCAACAAGCAGCCCGAAAGAGAUGGACAGUACUUACAUCGAUGACGACGCGCUGGUACAAAUAUCCAAAACACCAGGCUUCACAAUCAAGAGAAUGGAGGAACGAUUGAGAGAGAGACUAAUAAAAGCUGAGCCACUCCAAAUUAAAUACGACCCGGAUAAAUCCGACCUGACCUUCUUCCGGCCCACCACAUCAUCCACACAACAACCACGACUUCCGGUCAAAGUUAACAAUAUCAAUAUACACCCCAAGGAAAGACUGAAAUAUGUAGGAGUCUGGAUAGAUCCGACCCUCUCCUUCCGGCCCCACAUCGAAGCAGCGAUCGCAAAAGGCCUUAAAGUCCUCCACCAGAUUCGAUACACAGCCCGCUUGCCAGGCAUAACGGUCAAAACAAUCCAUCAUAUCAUAACACAAGGCUUCCUCCCAAGCCUACUCUACGGAUCCGAGGCUUGGUGGACUGGCGCAGACCACAUUAUAAGAUCCCUCGAACCACUUUAUAAUGAAGCGGCCCGGAUUAUCACCGGCCUACCACGAUGGACCAAAAGAGCUAAACUCCUCCGAGAAGCAGGCCUACCCCCCUUAGAACACCUCCUGACAUAUCGCUCAAGAAAGUACGGAACCAGAAUACUCUGCUCCGAGGCAACCCACCCCAACAAUGAAUCCCUGAUCGAGCUCCUCCCUUACAAAGAAGCAAAUAUCAAAGGAACAGGCCUACACCGAAUAGCUUCCCUACUACUCCCAUACCAGACCCCCGGAAAUGCGAGAGACAAGUGGAACCAAAAUAAACUACUACGCGACCACCUGUUGGAAGAGUGGAACACACAAUCAAUACCGAACUACCACCACCGGGGGGAAUUCCGCCCCCCUCCUAAGAUAGCGAAACUCACCCUUACGGAAGCAAAAAAAGUAUUUCGAAUCCGGUGCCAAACCACCCGAAUCGACAAACACGCAGUAUACACAGACCCCGAACCAUGCCAGUGUGGUAUGGAAAACUCAGCGAAACACAUACUCAUGGAAUGCCCAGUGUGGGCUCGAAUCCGCACCCCCCUGAUAGAGAAGAUCCCCGGAGCGAUGACCUGGGAAAACUGGAUGUUUACAAACCUGAGAACGGACCUCAUCCUACAAUUUGCAAAACAAUCUCAACUCUCGAAAUGGUACGAGUCGGCGGAGGCGGAGGCGGACCUGGAAGAGGGGAUGGAAGAAAAUGAUUAG